GUGUAACAUUUCGCCUACAUGCCGGGGGUAAGCUAACGAGCAGGAUGUAGCGGUUCGUCUUUGGACCGUCUUUUUAUUUCUUUUUCGCCUCACCGCGGCCGUCUGAGGUCCGUCUCUCUUCUCACGUCGACGCUGUGAGUAGAUUUAAGGUGAUGGGCGUUUGGGGGACCGCCAUAAAAGCCGACUAACAUCUUAAAAAUGUCCAACAUCCUUAAUGCGACGUCCAAAGUGAAAUGGGACCGCACGGCUGUAGCCAAGCGAGCCGUGUUUCUUGCGGCUGCUGCCUACGGCAUCAAAACACUCUACCCGGUUAUCUGUAGGCAGCUCUGCAAAAAUCAAGCCGACAGACGAGUUGGGAACGGAUCUACGUGUUCGUUCAAAGACGCUGCCUAUGCAUCAAAGGCGUCCCCUGGGGUGAACGCGGAAUUCUUCAAGCAGAUUCUGGAACUUGCCAAAAUUCUUUUCCCCAAAUUGCUGUCCAAGGAGCUCGCUUUGCUUUCCGUGCACUCUGUGGCUCUGAUCUCCAGGACCUUCCUGUCUAUCUACGUGGCCAGCUUGGAUGGCAAGAUAGUGAAGACCAUCGUGGAGAAGCAACCGAGGAGCUUCAUGAUCCAGCUCAUCAAAUGGCUCCUCAUCGCUAUCCCCGCCACUUUCGUCAACAGCGUCAUCCGUUUCUUGGAAUGCAAGCUGGCCCUGGCUUUCCGCACCCGCCUGGUGAACCACGCCUACCGGACCUACUUCACGGACCAGACCUACUACAGAGUCAGCAACAUGGACGGGAGGCUGGCCAACCCGGACCAGUCCCUCACGGAGGACGUGAUGAUGUUCUCUCAGUCGGUGGCCCAUCUCUACUCCAACCUCACCAAGCCAAUCCUGGACGUGAUACUCACCUCCUACACGCUCAUCCGGACGGCUCGGUCCCGCGACGCCAAUGCCAGCGGGCCCACGCUGCUGGCCGGCUUGGUCGUCUUCGCCACCGCUAAGGUCCUCCGGGCUUGCUCUCCUAAAUUCGGGAAGCUGGUGGCCGAGGAGGCGCACCGGAAGGGUUACCUGCGCUACGUGCACUCUCGAAUCAUCGCCAACGCGGAGGAAAUCGCCUUCUAUCGGGGACACGGUGUGGAGAUGCGCCAGCUCCAGAAGUGCUACGGCGCGCUAGCCCAACAGAUGAACCUGAUCCUCUCCAAGCGCCUUUGGUACAUCAUGAUCGAGCAGUUCCUCAUGAAGUACGUGUGGAGCGCCAGCGGCCUCGUCAUGGUGGCCGUGCCCAUCAUCACCGCCACUGGUUACGCCGACAGCGGUGAGGGAAAAAGAAAAACGUCGGUGUUCACUCCAGUGUCUUCACAGACUUUUUGGAUGUUUCUAGAAACAGCUGACGGCCACCCGCAUCGGAUGGUGAGCGAGAGGACGGAGGCGUUCACCACCGCCCGGAACCUUCUGGCCUCAGGAGCCGACGCCAUUGAGCGAAUCAUGUCCUCCUACAAAGAGGUCACGGAGCUGGCGGGCUACACGGCGAGGGUCCACAACAUGUUUGUGGUGUUCGAGGACGUCCAAAAGGGCGUCUACAAGCGCUCGUCGCUGACCGCCGCCAGCGGCGAAGACAAGAAAAGCAAACCGGGGAUGCACAUCGACGGGCCGCUGGAGAUUAAAGGCGAAGUGAUCGACGUGGACAACGGCAUCGUGUGCGAAAACGUCCCGAUUAUAACACCCAACGGGGACGUCGUCGUGUCCAGCCUCAACGUUAAGGUGGACGAGGGCAUGCACCUCUUGAUCACGGGCCCCAACGGCUGCGGCAAAAGCUCCCUCUUCCGCAUCCUCAGCGGUUUGUGGCCUGUGUACGGCGGGCGCCUCCACAAACCUUCCCCGCAGCACAUGUUCUACAUCCCACAGAGGCCCUACAUGUCUAUAGGGUCUCUUCGGGACCAGGUGAUCUAUCCCGAUUCGGUGGAGGACAUGGCCGCCAGAGGACUUUGCGAUAAGGACCUGGAGGCCAUCUUGGAUAUCGUCAACCUCAACCACAUCGUCACCAGGGAAGGAGGCUGGGACGCCGAGCUGGAUUGGAAGGACGUGCUGUCCGGAGGCGAGAAGCAAAGGAUGGGCAUGGCUCGCAUGUUUUACCACAAGCCGAAAUACGCCCUGCUGGACGAGUGCACCAGCGCCGUCAGCAUCGACGUGGAGGGUAAAAUUUUCCAGGCGGCCAAAGACGCCGGCAUCUCCCUGCUGUCCAUCACGCACAGGCCCUCGCUCUGGAAGUACCACACGCACCUGCUGCAGUUCGACGGCGAGGGCGGCUGGCGCUUCGAGCAGCUGGACACGGCCACCCGCCUCUCGCUCACCGAGGAGAAGCAGCGGCUGGAGAGCCAGCUGGCCGGCAUCCCCGAGAUGCAGCAGCGCCUGCACGAGCUCUGCAAGAUCCUGGGCGACGACUCGGUGCUCAGAGCCGCCCGCGAGUGACGCACGGGAGCGGCUUUGGGGUUUGACCGUCGCCGCUCUUUCGGCCGCUCCGUUUUAAAACGCGAACAAAGUCGUUUUUAGAUCAAAAAAAGCCGUAGACCCUUCUAAUAUAAUGCCAGUUAGUCAAAUGUUUUCAGAAGAAAAGAAAAACUUAUUUAGUUGAGAUAAACACACGCACUUUUUUUCCCCAAAUAGACUAGGCCUGAUUUUUUUUUUGACACUCCUGCCCUCACUUCAUGGUCGUGGCCACAAGGUGGCAGUAAGAGCAAUAUUUUAUAUUCAACCUUGCUUUGGCCAGAGCACAACAAAACAAUGACUGUCAUUGAAUCCACCUAAAAUAAUCAUUUUACUCGGGCAGGGAUGUCAGAUCAUGAAUUUUAAUUGGCUAAAAUAGGGAGGAGUCAUUUUUUAAUUCUCUUUGUUUUAUCGGCUCCCCAUAUGUUUUUUUUUUUUUUUUUUAGAUGACCCUAAUUUUAUUGCAAUUUUACGGACCCAGGGUUGAAUUCCGUUUUGAGAACCACUGCUUGAGGCAACAGAAAAGAGCACAGAGUUCCAUUUCAUUUCACGAAUUGAUCAUUUGUUUUUAACAGAGCACUUUACUCGUCUUUUUUUAAGUCCGCUAUCCCGCCCGAUCCAUUUGACGACAACAACAAUCUGUUAUUGGAGCGGAUGAUGACGCAGGGUCUGACCCCAGCACGGAGGGUCCUUUUUGGUUUCCCGAACAAACACAAUGCACGAAAGAGGGCCCCCCUCUCCUGCUGAGCGGGCAGCUUAUUCGCAUGCGUGUCAUGUGACCGCCAGUUAAAGAAUCCAAUAUUCUUUCUGUGGUGAAAGCUGGUUGUAAUGAGGCGUGAAGGGAAAUUCCUCCUCCUGCACCAAAAUGUGUUUUUUAUUUUAUUUUUUUGUAAACCUUAUCAACUCGAAUGUGACCCCUUGAGAACUAAAGUCAGCCCGCCCUUGUUUCAAACUCCAAGUGAGUUCGAGUCCCGCAGUCAAGUUGACUUUUGCUCCGGGAAGCCGCAUUUCCUAGAAGGCUUCUGCCAGGGAUAAAAAAAAAAAAAAGAUAUUCCAGAUUGCUGGUUAUGACGGACAAUCAGUCUCAUCCCGGAUUCCGUUUUUUAAUGAAACAAGAAUUGUAAAUGCUGCCCUGCUCAGGAUUUCGGCCGCUGCUAGUUUAGUUUUUCCCACACAAUGUGACUUUUAUUGGCGUUUUAAUGCCACCGUGAGCUUCUGAUGCCACUAUGCGACUUUACGAGGGUGUCUUCUUCUUCAUAUUAGUAUUAGCGGCUCUAUACUCCACUCAUUUGAUAAAGCCUCACACAAGGUCGUGGGUUGUCGUGGCAACAAGAUUGACGCGUUCUUUGUCAGACUGCCAACAGAGGGCGCCCUUGACACAGCUGAAUAAGAAUGUUUAAUUACUGCUAAUCUAAUUAGUAGUGCCUAUAAAAUUAACACAAAAGUCUAACUUUAUUUAGUCAUGCCUCUACUUGUAAGGAGGUGAUGUUUUAUUGCAUGGUCGCUUUUUAUCCUUUCAGAAAACAAGUCGGGACAUAAGUCGUCCCUUUUUUUGUAAGUGGGAAAUUCAAUGUAUUCUGUUCAAGUUGCGAAUUAUUACAAUUGUCUGUACUAACCGUGCAUGUAGCGUGUUACAUCAUUUGGGAGCGGACAUUCAGUUGUGCAUGCAUUGGAGUUGACGUAUUUUCAUCUUAAACAAGAGCAAAAAUGUAUUUUCUUGUUAAUAAAACAAUUUGCUGAAAAA